AUGGGUAAAACCGAACUUGCUGCCGAAUUUGCUUUGAGAAACAAAGAAAACUUUGACGCCAUCUUCUGGGUUCAUGCUGACGAGCCCGCCAAAUUGGACCAAUGUUUCGUAGAUAUCUCGAUCGAACUCGGCCUUGAGACUGCAGAGGAAGCUACAAAUCAAAUUAUCUCGCGAUCCUUAGUCAAAGGCUGGCUCGCAAAUCCCAUCAAAAGCAGUACAACAAUCGCCGAAGACAUCAGCUCUACCGCUUCAAGUGGUAACGAUGCAUUGUGGCUCCUCAUUUUUGAAAAUGCCGAUGACCCCAAGUUGCUUGGUGAUUACUGGCCUGAAGGUCGAGGCAGUGUUCAAAUCACCAGUCGCGACCCAUUAGCAAAAAGACUUUUCCCCUCAAAUUCCUCUGGCCUAGACCUAGAGUCCUUGAAUCCCGUCGAUGGAAGCGCUCUUUUACUGAAGCUAACUGAGUCUAAUGGGAGCUCAGAGGAGAAUGCGGACCAGAUGGCACAGCAAAUCUCUACGAGUCUUGCCGGUCUACCCCUUGCAAUAUCCCAGAUGGCUGGAAUUAUUCGGCGACAGGAGUUGAGCCUCAGUGAGUUCCAGUCCAUUUACGAAGAAGACAAACAUCGCGUAGCUCUAUAUCGCACAAAAUAUAACACCAGCACAAAGGCUUACAAGUGUAGCAUCGCGACUGUUUGGGGAUUUGAGAAGCUGUCAACAGAGGCGAAAACUCUCUUGAAAAUUAUGCUUUUGCUAGAUCCAGAUGUCAUACAAGAGAGCAUCCUCUUUAAUGCUGCAGCCCUCAUGUUUCCCUGUUUCCCCCGGAGACAUUCACGAGGCCCAAGUUUAAUGAAACGCGUACUGAACUAUCGCAAUCAUCACUGA